AUGCCCCGCAAGAAGAGCACAGUGAAAGCAACGGCGGAUGGUCCAAAGCAGAAACCUGAGGUUAAAGAGGAAGCGAAGACCACGCCGAAGGACUACCCAAAGCAGGAGCAGGAGCAGGGUGCUGAGGACAAGCACGCAGGCCAGUCCGAUUCCAAGGCCAAGGCAACAAAUAAGCGCAAGAAGCAGGCCAGCAAUGACGAACCACAAAAAGCAGCUCGUCGCUCAGGUCGUGGUGCACCAAAAGCCACACCUUCAAAGCUGCAGCUGCUGAAGUACAUGUUAUCGAAGGACGCCGAAGCACUAUGUCGACCUGAUGACGAAACGCAACAUAUGAAGACGCGAGGCAAUAUCAAAACAUACUCUUCCAGUGUGAUGAAUCCAUACGAAGAGCUGAUGUGCGCGAUUGUCCUAUCACGACCUAUCUCUCAUCGACUAGGACUCCGAACAAUACGCACCAUUCUCAAUGACCCGUACAACUUCACGUCUGCCCGCGCGACCAAAGAUUCAGGCUCCGAAAAGCAGCAUCAAGCACUCUGGGAUGCGCGAACGCAGCACAAGGAUAAGACAGCCGCACAGAUUGGAGAACUCGCAGAAGUCGUUCUGCAAAAGUUCACAACUUCAAACGACAAGGAAGGCACAGAGAUGCAAAAGGUCCGCGAUGACUGUAAUCGAGAUGUCGACAAAGAGCGGCAGUAUCUCAAGGACAACAUCAAAGGGCUCGGUAAUACAGGCCUCGAUAUCUUCUUUCGUCGUGUUCAGUGGUUGUGGGAUGCUGGAUAUCCCUUUGUUGACAACAGAACCAUGCAGAGCUUGCACAAGCUGGGUCUGCCAGACGAAGGCGAGGAGUUGCACGAACUCAUAGUACAGCACUGGAGUGAGCUCGACACUAAGGUAGUCACUGGAAGUGAUGAGGAUAUGAAGAAGCGCAGAGCUCUGGUGACGGUGUUGGAGAGAGCUACGGGCAGUGAUCUGGAAGGGAAGCACGAGGCAUUGCUUGCGGCAGCAGCAGCGUGA